AUGACAAAUCUAGCUUCAUUUUGCCUCUUGUUCUUCUCUUUUCUCACUCUCUUUGCAGGAAACAAUGCAUUAUCAUCUUUUUCCACAACAAAAUUCAUUCAAAAAAGCAAGAUCUCAAAUUCUCAGAUUCAGUUUUUUGCAACUAGGAGAACUCUACAAGACACAAAUCCAGCAUCAACUUCACCAACAAUCAUCACUGUUCCUUCAACAAAUCCAGGUGCUACAAAUCUUGUCCCUUCCACCACACCACCAGUUUCAACAGCACCACCAACAAAUCCAGCAAACUCACCAGUUCCUGUUACAAAUCCUGUUACAUCUCCUAUAACAGUUCCCGGAACUGUUCCUGUGAGUUCUUAUCCACCACCUUCACCAUUAUCAGGAACUGUUCCUGUUCCUGUUACAAAUUCUCCUCCUUCUUCAAACAUCAAUCCUCCUCCAUCUUCAUCUUCAUCUUCUCAAGGAGGUGGUGGUGGUAGCUGGUGCGUGGCUAAACCUGGAGUUUCGCAAACUACACUUCAAACUGCAUUGGAUUAUGCUUGUGGAACUAAUGGUGCUGAUUGUUCACAAAUACAACAAGGUGGAAUUUGUUAUAACCCAAAUUCACUUCAAAAUCAUGCUUCUUUUGCUUUCAAUAGCUACUACGUAAAGAAUCCUGCUCCAACUAGCUGUGACUUUGGAGGGGUUGCUACCAUUGUUACCACCAAUCCUAGUUCUGGUACUUGCAUCUUUCCAUCAUCUUCAGGAGGAGGAGCUGGCUCAUCCGGCUCUGGUUCUAACUCGCCUUCAAUAGGUUUUGGUGGUCCUGCAACCUCUCCGGAUUCCUCUCAUUCAACUGGUCUGAGGCCUUUGCUAAGAAGUUUCAUGAUUCUGAUGACAUUAUUGGCCUGCGGAACACUUGCUAUGAGUCCAUAG